UGACAUCACGGGGCCUGAGGCGGCGGCGGCGCCCCCGGCCCAGCCCCGCAGCCCCCUCGGCAGAGGCGCCGCCGCGGUGCCCGGCGGAGGAUGGUGCGCGGCGCGCCGGGGGCUCCCCGCCGCCAGAGCCGCAGCGCCACAGCGGAGCCGGCCGCGGCGGGCAGUCGGCCCCCGCACCGGGCGCGAGGCGGGCGGCCGCGGUGAAGCGCGGAGGGCGGCGCGGGCACUGGGGCCGGGCCGGGGCUGCAGCCGCAGCGGCCAUGGGGGCCCUGACGAGCCGGCAGCACGCGGGCGUGGAGGAGGUGGACAUCCCGUCUAAUUCCGUGUACCGCUACCCGCCCAAGUCCGGAAGCUAUUUUGCCAGCCACUUCAUUAUGGGAGGAGAGAAGUUUGACUCAACUCAUCCUGAAGGUUACCUGUUUGGAGAGAACAGCGAUCUGAACUUUCUGGGGAACAGACCAGUUGCGUUUCCUUACGCCGCCCCACCUCCCCAAGAACCCGUGAAGACUCUGAGAAGCCUGGUCAAUAUCCGAAAGGACACACUGAGGCUUGUCAAAUGUGCUGAGGAAGUGAAGAGCCCUGGAGAAGAGGCCAGUAAAGCUAAAGUCCACUACAAUGUUGAGUUCACCUUUGACACAGAUGCUCGGGUAGCCAUCACCAUCUAUUACCAGGCCACGGAAGAGUUCCAGAAUGGUAUCGCCGGCUACAUUCCCAAAGACAACAGCCUCCAGUCGGAGACUGUGCACUACAAGCGAGGAGUGUGUCAGCAGUUCUGCCUGCCCUCCCACACCGUGGAUCCCUCCGAGUGGGCCGAAGAGGAGCUUGGCUUUGAUCUAGAUCGAGAAGUUUACCCUCUAGUGGUACAUGCUGUGGUGGAUGAAGGAGAUGAGUAUUUUGGCCAUUGCCAUGUCCUGCUGGGUACUUUUGAGAAGCACACAGAUGGAACUUUCUGUGUCAAGCCCCUCAAACAGAAACAAGUAGUAGACGGGGUCAGCUACCUCCUUCAGGAGAUCUAUGGAAUUGAAAACAAGUACAACACACAAGAUUCUAAGGUGGGUGAAGACGAAGUGAGUGAUAACAGUGCCGAGUGUGUGGUGUGUCUCUCAGAUGUCCGGGACACCUUGAUUCUGCCCUGUCGCCACCUCUGCCUCUGUAACACCUGUGCAGACACCCUGCGCUACCAGGCCAACAACUGCCCCAUCUGCCGACUGCCCUUCCGGGCACUGCUUCAGAUCCGAGCCAUGAGGAAAAAAUUGGGCCCCUUGUCCCCAACCAGCUUUAACCCCAUCAUCUCAUCCCAGACAUCUGACUCUGAAGAGCAUUCAUCCUCAGAGAAUAUUCCACCAGGCUAUGAAGUAGUAUCUCUUCUGGAGGCCCUCAACGGGCCCCUCACCCCGUCCCCAGCAGUUCCUCCACUUCACGUGCUUGGAGAUGGCCACCUCUCAGGAAUGCUCCCUUCGUAUGGCAGUGAUGGCCACCUGCCCCCCGUCAGGACGAUCUCGCCUCUUGACCGCCUGUCUGACUGCAGUAGCCAGGGACUCAAACUCAAAAAGAGUCUCUCCAAAUCCAUUUCCCAGAACUCUUCCGUGCUGCAUGAAGAGGAAGACGAGCGCUCCUGCAGCGAGUCGGAGACACAGCUCUCUCAGAGACCGUCCGGUCAGCAUCUUGGAGAGGAAUGUGGUAUGACUCCAGAAAGUGAGAAUCUCACCUUGUCGUCAUCUGGAGCUAUUGACCAGUCAUCUUGCACAGGGACGCCUCUGUCAUCCACUAUUUCCUCCCCAGAAGGCCCUGCCAGCAGCAGCCUGGCCCAGUCUGUCAUGUCCAUGGCAUCCUCCCAGAUCAGCACCGACACCGUCUCCUCCAUGUCUGGCUCCUACAUCGCCCCUGGCACUGAGGAGGAGGGAGAGGCUCUCUCUUCCCCCCAGCCUGCCAGCAGGGCCCCCUCAGAAGAAGGAGAGGGGCUGCCCGCGGAGUCUCCAGACAGCAACUUUGCUGGCCUCCCAGCUGGAGAGCAGGAUGCAGAGGGAAAUGAUGUUAUAGAGGAAGAGGAUGGGUCACCCACGCAGGAAGAUGGCCAGAGGACAUGCGCAUUUCUAGGUAUGGAGUGUGACAAUAACAAUGACUUUGGCAUCGCAAGCGUGAAAGCACUGGACAAUAAGCUGUGCUCUGAGGUCUGCUUACCUGGUGCCUGGCAGGCUGAUGACAAUGCUGUCAGUCGGAAUGCCCAGCGCCGGCGCUUGUCAUCCAGCAGCCUGGAGGACUCUGAGACAAGGCCCUGUGUGUGGGGCCCUUUGGCUGUCUGAGCCCCAGCCUCUGCACUUGGGCUCCCCUCCUGCCCUGCAUUCCAUCCAUCCUCACUCAGCUGCUGCCUACUGGGCAUCCUCAGCAAGAUGCUGGAGACUUUUCACCCUCCUGUGACAGCUGUUACAACCUGUAACCACAAUCCCUCACCUCUCAGAGGGAACUGGAGCCCUCCUUUCUCCCUGUGACCUAAAGCCACUCAAUGAACUGCAGCUCAUGAGACCCUUUGCAGGGACUCUGGAAUGUCCCCACAGUACCUUGAUGCUCAGGUGGAGCCUGGGGCCCAUGGGCUAAUUUCUUACACAUCUUUUUUUUCUUUAGGGGGUAGAACAAGAAGGCUUAGAGUUUUGGCAGCUUUGUUACAAACAUCCCUCUGGCAUUUGCUGGUCUCUGGCACAUCAUAACCAAUUGGAAACCUGCAGUUUGGGGUAGGGUUGGAGGACCGCUGCUGUGAUAAGGGAGAGCCAUACUGCACGGAUGUGGCGUUUCCCUCCACAAGCACUAGGAGCACCUUUCUC